AUGGCUCCACCAAACAAACUCACUUUCUUCUGCACCAACACGGCGUUUCUCCCGUCUCAGAUCCCUCUCGCUAGCUUUGUACCGAAGAAGAAACAGCCUUACCAGGAUGUGCAGACCCCAUACCAGGUUCAGCCGGAGCAGCACUCGUCUCGGCCGGACGAGAACGUCAACAUUACGCAGAACAGUAGCUCCAACAGCCGUCUGAGCAUACUGCUGACCAAAUUCGUCUCCCUCUCUCAUAACCAUGGCGGGAAAGCCUCCAUGAAUGUGUCCGCUAUCGAAGGUGGCAAUGUCUACACCCUCAACAGUCCCGACGAGCUCUUUGAGGAGAUCGUCUUUGGCCAGGAGCAUGGGGCGUACAUGCAAGCCUGGUUCGAGCGAUGCGUCCGCAGAAAGUGGAAGCCUCGCUUCGUUGUGGGAGUCAGAACUUUCUUCGAUGCAAGUGUCUCCAGUGAAGGAGAAAAGGCAAACGAAAAUUCUGUUUCGCUCACAGCGCCGAUAAGUUCAGCUCAAGGAGACCCGAUCGGGUUGGCAGACGUGGAAUUCCAAGCCCAGCAGAAGAGUGAUGAUGACACAAAAUGCACAAUGAAGCUCAAAGGCGAACGUGUCUACUCAAUAUGCUAUUGGAAGAUCAACAUCUCGAAACAUGGCGGCAAGAUAACGCCCGAGCUCAAGUCUCAAAAGAACGUCUGGAGGUCCUUUAAUCUAUCGCGUGACGAGGAAGAUAGCCAUGAAGAGGAAACUUUCCAGGCGGAUUUGGAAGGUGUUGAUGAGGAUGUAGAAGGAUGGGUCACAUACCACACGGAGGAUGAUGACUCUGUCUGUUUCGCAUUCUCCCCUGGAGGCAACAGUGAAGACGAGGAUAGCGAGGAAUACUGUGAGGAUUGGGACAUUGCCGAGGCCGAAGUCGAAGAGGAAUGA